AUGUCUAGUACCGGUGCCAAUCGUGAAUCCGAAGGUGGUACAAUGAAAAAAGUUAUAGACAAUCCGGCAACAGAACCACAAUCUCAUACAUAUGCUGAAGAUCAAUCCCGCUCAAACACGGGACAACAAGGCGGCAAAUGUAGCUCCGGUAUAUCCGAUCAUAAACCAGUGGAAUCAUAUAUAAAAAUUAUUUUUACUAUUUGUUAUAGUCGAAAGAAUGUUGCUUAA